AUGGUAGUUCAUCCUAUCAACUUUCUCCUCUCUUCGCCAUUGAUGUCGUUGAAAGGUCUUCUUCCACUGUUGGUAUGCCUUGUUUGCGUUCGACAUGGUUCCUGCAGCACACACCCGCAAGAUGUUUCGGCUCUCAAGUCUUUAUCUACUCAAUGGAAGAACACACCGACAAGCUGGAGCCAUUCGGAUGAUCCCUGUGGUGACAACUGGGAAGGAAUCACCUGCAAGGAUUCAAGGGUGAAGAAGCUGAAGCUAUUCAACAUGGGAAUUGAGGGCACAUUGCACAGUGACAUACAGAGCCUUUCUGAAUUGGAACACUUGGAUCUCUCCUACAACCGAAAUCUGGGUGGUUCGCUCCCACCAAGCAUUGGCAACUUAAAGCAGCUUGUGGUUCUGUCUCUGAACUCGAACCGGCUCACCGGUGAGAUACCUGCUUCGCUCGGUAGGCUCUCCAAUCUCACCUGGCUGGACCUUGCAGGUAAUCAGCUCACCGGACAUCUCCCUACUACUUCGUCGGAUGAAGCUUCAGGAUUAGACCAGCUUGUGAACACUCUGCACCUGCAUUUGAAUCAGAACCAGCUAUCAGGCCGAAUUCCGAAUAGUCUUUUCGGCUCCAAUAUGAAAUUUAUACAUAUUCUUCUCGAUCAUAACAACUUCUCCGGGGAAAUUCCAGAGUCGAUAGGUCUCGUUCGAUCACUCAAAAUCCUCCGUCUAGACAAUAAUUAUCUGAAUGGAUUUGUUCCUUCUAGUAUCGGAAACCUUACACUCCUUGAUGCCUUAAAUUUAGCUAACAAUAAGCUAAUUGGGCCGAUGCCGAAUCUGACCGGAAUGCAUGCCCUCAACUAUCUGGAUUUAAGCAACAACACGUUUGAUCCUUCAGAACUUCCAGAAUGGCUUUUGGAUGUGCAAAAUCUCACGACUUUAAUCAUAGAGUCUGGGAGGCUUCAUGGAGAAGUGCCACCAUCACUCUUCAGCUUUCCUCAGCUACAGCAACUGAGACUCAACGACAACGAAUUCAGUGGCACCCUCGACAUGGGCAGCAACAUCAGUCAUCAAUUGGAGAUGGUGGAUUUCCGAAACAAUGCUUUAAGCUCGGUGACACUUUCUUCCGACUACAACAACACCAUACUACUCGUGGGGAAUCCAGUUUGCAGUAAUGCUCAGCUGCAUGAGACAGAGUACUGCCAUGAGCACCAAGACUCGGGAUCUGAUUCCUCCAUCACCGACUGCUUGCACCCAUAUGAAGGGCCAAUCGUUUGCAGAGCGCCCUCCUUCAGUGACAUAAGUCACAAUCUUGCACCGAUGGCGAACAGGAUCGCAAGCUUGCUUAAUGGGACUCCAGUGAGCUUCUCUCUUCCGAACUACUUCUUCGAUGGCAAUGCGUAUCUGCGAGUGCAGCUAACGAUUUGCCCAUCGAGUGCAAAGUACUUCACCAGGAGAGAGAUCUUGCUGUGGUUUGAUCUCAGCAGUGAGAACCUUGCACUCUCAGCGAUGUAUGGGCCUUGUUAUUUCGAUCCAUGGCAGUACUCUUUUCGGCGCAACCCAGUGAAUCGAGGAUUGAUCGUCGGAAUAGCAGUCGGAUGUGUUGCUGCAGUGUUGGCCAUUGCAGGGCUUGGAAUCUACGCUUUGUGGCAGAAAAAGCGAGCUAAAAAGGCCAUCAUUCUGCACAAUCCUUUCGCAUCGUGGGGAUCAACCGGUGGAGAUGCCGGAGAUGCACCACAACUAAAGUUAGCGAGAUGUUUCUCCCUGGAUGAACUCAGGAAGUGCACCGAUGAUUUCUCCAAGGACAAUGAAAUCGGCUCAGGCGGCUAUGGAAAGGUCUACAAAGCGACGCUUCAAGAUGGGACGACGGUGGCCAUCAAGAGAUCACAGAAAGGUUCGAAGCAAGGCGGGGUUGAGUUCAAGACGGAGAUCGAGAUGCUCUCCAGGGUGCACCACAAGAACCUCGUCGAGCUCAUCGGCUUCUGCUUCGAGAAGGGGGAACGCAUGCUGGUCUACGAGUACAUCUCGAACGGGACCUUAACAGAAAACUUGUCCGGAAGAAGACACACGCAGUUGGACUGGAAAAGGAGACUUCAUAUAGCUUUAGACGCAGCUAAAGGAUUAGCUUACCUUCAUGAGCUCGCUAAACCUCCGAUAAUCCACAGGGAUGUGAAGUCGAACAACAUUCUUUUGGACGACGACUUGGCCGCCAAAGUCGCAGAUUUCGGGCUCUCCAUGUUGGUAAACGACAGCAAUCUCGGCCAUGUCUCCACCUCCGUCAAAGGAACCAUGGGUUAUCUCGAUCCGGAAUACUUCAUGACCCAACAGCUGACCGCGAAAAGUGAUGUUUAUAGUUUUGGUGUCGUAAUGCUGGAGCUGAUGACGGGUAGGCUGCCGAUACAGAAAGGUAAGUACAUCGUUCGCGAGGUGAAGAUGGGAUUGGAUGAGAAGGAUAAGGAGUACUGCGGUCUGAAACACAUGAUUGAUCCAUCCAUUCUUAACGAUGAAUGCAUCGUUGGAUUCGGAAAGUUUGUGGAAUUGGCUCUGCGAUGCGUCGAAGACGCAUCCGAUGACCGUCCGACGAUGGACGAGAUCGUGAAGGAAAUUGAGAUCAUGCUAAAAGACGACAAGCUGAAGGAGAAUUCAGCUUCGUCAUCUUCUUCUUCUGCUGAUACUGAGCUUCGACAAACUUACGAUGAGCUGCUGCUCCUCAGCAGGGAAGUGAACAGCGACGGCGUCCGUCGUAGCGAUAGAUAUUUGUUCUCGGAUUUAUCGGAGACUAAUGCUUGCGCCGUUUUAGAUCGAGGCAAUGAAUGAAUCAGAUGCUCGAACACCUAAUAUGGCUGUGUAUUAGAUCGUUGACAUCACAAAUAUGUGAUGGGGAUGACACAGUUAAUGUCCCAACUUCCGAUGAUCGAACGCCUAUGGUUGUACUAAAUUGGUCCCAAAACAAGUCUUAAUCAUGUUAACCUCAAAUCAUCAUGGCUGUCCUUAGGGCUUGUGAGGGUGUAAAGAGAAAGGAGAACAACAAAAGGAGAAAGGAUU